AUGCCACGGGACAAGGACUCGGCCCAAGCCGAGAUCGAAAUUUUCUCCAAGUCGCUCAAAGCUUGGGUGCCUGGAAGGGUGUGGCUCUUUGCUUCAGCAGGGAAGAUUACAGUCACGUACACGGUCAACGGCCACAGAUGCCGAAAGCAUCUGGAUCCGUGGACGCAGCAGAUUCGAGCUGUUGGGGAGAAGGACCCCGAUUGUGCUGUGCAGGAGGACAUGCAGGAGAACGUGGAAGUUGUGGGUGACAUGCUGCCGAGUUGGGGCGAGGAGGCUGACCCGGACUUCAGCUUUACCCACCUUUGGGAUGCCCUCUUCUGUGAGAUGCCGAUGAAUGCAACUUUGAAGAAUGCCAUGCAGGCGGCAGCCCAGAAGCAGGAGCAAUACUGCAGCGCCCGAACACACGAGGCUUCGGCAGCCUACGCAGAGGCCCAGCUCACUGAAGCCGAGGAGUGCUAUGCAGAGUCUGGCGAGCUUUUCGAGGACAUGCAGGAUGCGGACUUUCAGCAGAGCAUCGGCAGCUUCAUCCGCCUGGUUUUGCACAUGGAGGCUCCAAGCCUCCGGCUUUGGUGUGACAGGCCCAUGGCGCUUGACGUGGUUCAGGGUCGCGAAUCUCCCAACUGUGGGCUUCUUGUGGCCAUGGCAGCCAUCGCAGACCAUCAUGAUGGCUACUUGGUGCGUCAGCUCUUCCCGCAAUUCCAAGAUGUUGAGGACCAUGAGAAUCCCCCCUUGAACCCAUCGGGGUGCUACGUGGUCUCCCUGUUCCUGCACACAAAGAAUUCGAACCUUCAGAGGUUCAAGAAGCAUCACCCGAGCCUAAAAAGUGGUCAAGACAGGAUCAUUCUGGACACCACGUCAAGAUCGGAAACGCUGACUAAAGGUUCCUGGCGCAGCAUCGUGGUCGACGAUCGACUUCCCAUAGACAGCAUGGGAAGGCUGGAAAACUGCCAGUUCUCCAAGAACAAGGUUUGGCCGUGCCUUCUUGAAAAGGCCUUUGCAAAGGUAUGUGGAAGCUACGCCGACACCUCUUACGUCAAACUGGCCGAUGCGCUGGUCAUGUUGACAGGCCAAAGCACAUUCCAAGUUGAUCUCACAGAGCUGUUCCCAAAGGAGAAGCGACAGCUUUGGAAGGAUUUGAGCGAGUAUCAAAGAUCAGGCAUCUUGAUGACGGCGGCCAUCUACGAUCUCUCGCCGUCAUUCUUCGGCGACACAGGUUCCACGACUAGCACUGGCCUGCAGAGAAAUCAUGCCUACACCGUCCUGGAAACCAUGUCAAUCAUCCUGGACUUGACUGGUGAAGUGUUGUCGCUGGUCAAGCUUCGCGAUCCUCAUGGCCGGACGAAUUACACGGGGCCCUGGUGUCCGCGCUGCCCUAGGUGGACCCCCACGCUGAAGCAGAAGAUACAUGGAUCUGACCGCGGUGUCUUUUGCAUGACCUGGCAGGACUUCCUGGCAACUUUCCAUGAAAUAAAUAUCUGCAAGGUAGGUGACCGCCUGACAGAAGAAGCGGCUGUGGAGGAAGCAUGGCAUGGCUGGACGUUGCAGUGCACGCCGGGUGGACGUUUCUUCCAUCACCACGUGGCCUCGGGCACCAGCCAAUGGGAGACGCCUCCGGAGCUGAUAGACGUGCUGGGAGAGUGGCGCGAGGUGGGAGAUCCAGGUGCCAGGUACUGGCACAAUGCCAAGCUGGAAACCAGCUGCUGGAAGGACCCGCGAAACUGCAGCAGCAUACACGAGGCCGCGCUGGACGGAAACGUGGCCUACUUGCGCCUCUACGCCAUGGCCAAGGGCUUCGUCGAUGCCGUGAACCUGAAGGGCCGGUCAGCCCUCCACAACGCCGCAGCGGCUGGGCAGGACGAGGUUAUAGUUCACUUGCUUCACCAGAAGGCGGAUGUGAACUUGCCAGACCAGGGCCUCUCCACGCCGUUACAUUGGGCGUGCCGCUACGGCCACCAGACAGCGGUGCAGCUUCUCCUGCAGGCUGGCGCAAAUGCGGACGGCUGCAACAUGUUGGGCGAUACACCCUUGCAUGAGGCUGCCGGCCUUGGUCAGGUCAGUGUUCUCCCUGUGUUGAUUGCCGCAUACGCCAAUCCGUGGGCCCGCAAUGCCGAGAAGCGCACAGCCACAGAAGUAGCUGGAGUACGCGGCUGGGCCCAGGCGCGUGCCAUGUUGAUGGACUACGAGCACAUGUGGGGGGACCGUGAAGACUCAGACCCUCAUCAGAUGCAAGCCCUGCGACUCGGGGGUGCUUGUCGGCCGCAUGGUCUUGCGGGGGGCCUGGUUGGACUACGCCGGCAUGAGAUACAGGAUGACGGAGUACGGCGUUUGUUGAGAUGGAGGAUACUCAUGAUCUCGAUUUGCACUGGUCUUAUGGCCGCGAGUUGCUUCGUGCUGGGCACGCUCUUCGGGUCGCUCAGGGAGGAGCACGGAUGGGCACCGCAAGUGCUGGACUUCACGAACUUUCUGGGCAUCCUCGUGUUGUUCAUGGGCAUGGCGGGCGCAGGAUGCGUGACAUUGAGGCUUACGUCUUCCGACGAGGACUCUGCGCUAUCAGAGACUCAAUUUCGCGUGUGGGCAAGCAUGCCCUUCUGUGCGAUCACGAUGGGUGCUUUGCCACCUGCAUUCCAGAGCUACUCGGUGCACGCAGAUGGCCACUUCGAGUGGCAUGCACCUGCCAUCAUCAAGAAGGACUGCUUAUCAGCCUGA